AUGGAAGCAUGUUGUUGGCUGUCCCUUUUUCUCCUGUCUCAGGUGUCUGGAUUAUUAACUGCCCCAGAACAGCUUUCGUCCGGUGUAAGCGCCCGAGAUAUUCAUGCAAACGUGAGCAGUGCAGUUGCAGACGCUGUCUCAGGGGUCGGAAUCAAACAUGGUAGGGACAAUAGCUGUCUCACAAAGGCCGGCGCUACUGCCUAG